AUGAUGGCACAUCGAGGAAUUCUCGAGUCAGAGCGCGUCGAGGAGCUUUUCAAGAGGAUUCUACUCAAACCACUGCCGCUUCUCCUCCGUAAUACGUUUUCGGUAAACGAUUCUUGAAGACCUAUUCAUUUGUUGAGUUUUUCAGCUUCCUAUUCUUAUUCACUGAGAAAAAUAUCUUGUUGGAAACAUCUGAUAAGGUUUAUAACUCCAUAAUCGAGAACACAAAUUUGAGCAACUCGUAUUCUUAGUCUUACAAAAGAGGGUUGUUCUUCUCACAGUUAGGCUCAUAAAUUAUUUCUAAGAUGCAGUUUUUUUUUUUUUUGAAUUUUUCUAGAAGGAAUCUUUUUCAAAGUGGUUGAUACUUACACCUGGGUCGUUGCCUACUUUAAGCGGCAUUUUCAUGCAUUUCUUUGUUGAUUUAAAUUCACAAUUUAAGAUAAACAGGUGUGAUUUGCAUCUGAAGAACCUAUUUUCAAUAAGUAGUCUAAUCGUGAGAUUGUACUAUUACUCGGUUUGAUUUUUAAAAAAAGAUAAGAAUUAGUGGAACCAGUUUUCCACAUUCGCGUUUUUCAUGAAAGUCUCAUACGAAAUCUUUGAUUCCGAAACUUUCAACGCGCCCUGUUCAAGAUAAGAUGCAGCAUAACUCCUCUCUGGCUUCCCAAAAAUAGAAGCGCUUUAUGUAUUUUAUGGGCUUCCCAGAACCUGCAAUCCUCAACCUUUCAAACUUUCUCCCCAGUGUCUUUGCACUCGACCCAUAAAAUGAACGCAGUUGGCGGAAAUAAUAAGAAAAACUGACUGGCUAGGUGAAGGCAGUUGUCGGCUAGCCUCUUUCAUUCUUGUCAUCAACAAGGCGCAUGUCUUGUGGUCACUUACGUCGACAACUCUGCAAGCAAUCAUGAGUAUCUAUGAGUGGACUGAGCGUUCGUCCGUCUCUGAUGGCUAGAAAAUAUCCAGCCAAUUUCAAUUGAACAUUUGUUGAGAAUGACCAAAUACAAGGAGGUCAUUUUGCCUUGCGGUUGGGGAUUCCCUGAAAAUUGACUAGAACACUCACUGAUGUACCAAAUGAAGAUUCUGGGAAUCUCCACUUCUCAGUUAAUAGGACUAGAUGUUUUGGGCUCUGAGCCCUCAUUUUUCGAAAACUUUUGAUUAGUGAAGAUUGAAACUCUCAGGAUCUUUUUCUGGUACUUCAAUAAGUGUUCAGACCGAUUUUCGAAAAAAAUAACAGCGGUCAGGUAGAAUGAGCUCCUUCGUUAGGGUAAAAAGUUGAAGUCAUUCAAGAAAAGUAUUUUUACUUCAAACUCGCAGCUUUUACCUUGAUUAGAAUUGCAAAGUUUGACAGAUUGAAAAUCCUCAAAUUUUCGAAAUAAGUUUUUUUUUUUUGAACGACCCCCCUGCACAACAUUCAGGCUUUGCAACUUAUUCAACUAAAUAUUAAAUUCCUAAAAGAAAUAUAUGAAUAACCUUCUUUGAGGGGCAAACAAAAGAGCAGGUGCCAGCAAGCCCAUAAGAGGAGCCGCUGACUGUUGAGUCGAGCCCUCAUUUUCGAGUAGCUGGUACUUUUGAUCAGUCAUAAUACUACAUGUUUGGAGUAAUAUAGAAGACGAGACUAAAACGAGGCCUGAACUAGCGGUUGCAAGAAGCGCGGAGAAGGAGGGUCGGCGUUUUGGUGCUUCGUCUAGGAUUACCGCCGAUCCAUCCGAUGGGCAUUCGAGUUUGUCAUUUGCGCUUUCGGACUCCGGGCUUUUUUCAACCAGAUUUUUGUUGCUCGCUCAGCUCAAAACGCUCGUAAACGUAGUCUACUUCAAUAAAUCUCUCAUAUCACUUUCACGAAAAAAAAACUUUGUUUCGUGCUUGGGAAUGUUCCGAAAAUGUUUGGUCGUUGGUUGAGAAAUUCAUAAAAAAAAUUUACAAGAGUGUAUUCGUUGCAAAUAAAAAUAUAUCACAUUUGAUUUUGCCUUUCGAUAUUGUUAAAACGCUUCAGAAGAACUUGUUUCAUUUAGAAUCAAGAGACUUCAGAUUAUAUGUUUUACCGAGUUCCUUUCCUGCUACAAUAAAUUAUUUACUUGUGGAAAUUUCACUCAAAAAAUUUUUCACUGGUGCAACCUCUUGAUAAUUGUGAAAAAAGUUGGUUUAUUCAAUCUCAUCGCCGUUUUCUCCUAUUCAGAAGCAUUCGUCCAAAAAUUAUCCAGAUCAAGACUUCCUAAACUUUUAUUAAUAUUAACCUCAGAGCAUUUCGCCAAAACUCAUUUUGAUCAGAAGUUUUCUGGUGCUCAAGUUAUAGGAUAGUUUACUACUGUUCUUUGCAAAUCCUUCAAAAAAAAACUCUCCAUCGAAAAACAGCUGUAGACGAGAAGAAACAUGAAACCGUGAGAACUCUACCAUAUGAAAUCAAGCUGGCUGUGUUAAUUUCUAUUUCUUCAGAAAUCGUUGUUCAAAGCUCAAAAAAAUUUUUUUAUAGGCUAUUGAUUAAAAAAAGUUGUUUAUUCGGGGAAUUUCUGUCAACUCGAAAGUUUUUUUAAAAAGAAAGUCACUCAUUUUAUUCAAAUAAUAUAAAUAAGAAACAGUUGCUCAUCAGAAAUGGCGAUUUUUACAUAAAAAUAAAGUUGUUUUCGCACGUUUUUUUAUUUUUAAAAUCAAAAAAAUGCAUAACUUUUUUUCAGUUUUCAAUUUUUUUAGAACGUUUCACUUAAUAAAAUUUGCCAGAACUUCUGCUCUUAAACUACAAAGAACAACGAAUUGAACAAUUUGAAACUAACAUCUGAGAUGUACGAUCCGCAUCGCAACCGCCCAUGUCGAAGUUGCGGAAUGCCGUGCAUCAAGGAAAAUAUUUUCGACAAAUAGAAAGCAUUUAUUUGAAUCGAGUGAACUUUACACCAGUUAUCUGCUCAAAGACAUACUGACGCUAGAAAAGGAAGUCUACUCCGAUUACAUUCCCAGGCGCAGAGCCACGAAUUCUCAAUGUUUCAUCUUGUAUAAGCUCCAAAUGCGGCAAGACCGUCAGGUUCGAGGAAAAUGAUUAUCUUCAGAACGAAAAAACCGCUGAUUCUUAUAUUUUUCUGUUCGGAUAAAAAAAGGUUUUUAUUGAGGUCCGAUUUCAAAAUUCGCAUUUGACUUUGCAGGAACUGAAAAGUUAUAGUUUAUACAUAUUUGAGCAAGUUCCAGUUUUAAAGUUUCCAACUUUUCUCGAAAGAAAAUUGAGUAGGAAAUAUUUUUGUAUUUGAAUCUUUGAAAAUUUUUUGAAUUAAAGCUUCAAAGUUUCAAUAUACUCAAAAUCUCAGUGAUUAGUUAUUCCAAUGCACUUUUUUUCGGUACAUGAUCCUCUUCUUUACUUUUUUUUUCGUAUUUGAUUCCAGUGAGUAAAUUUAUGAUCAUUAUUAACCGGGUCAGCCAUCGCAGUCAAUAUAAAAAUUGAUAAAACUGAUUAAAAAAGGAAUCGAUUUUUCAACUAACUGUCUUUUUGGUAAAGAAAAAAUCGUUGAGCUCAUCAUCGGUUAUCAAAAAUGGUAGGAAAGAAAACUGUUCAGAAAGAAACCUUCUGCGAUGGGGGCUGGAGAACUUGCGCUCCUCGUCAAUGCAGCUGGAGAAGCUGGUAGACGGGGAUAAGGUCCCGGCGACUUCGAAGGAAGACGACGGUGCUGUUGGCUUCGCGCCGCCCAGCAACGAUGCUCUCCGCGCUGCCUGA